AUGAAUUAAUACAAACUUGUAGGGAAAAAAGGAGAGGGAACAUUUUCAGAGGUUAUCAAAUCACAAUCAUUCAAAACAGGAAACUAUGUUGCUAUAAAAUGCAUGAAAAAUAAAUUCACAUCAAUUGAAUAAGUUAAUCAUUUGAGAGAAAUUCAAGCAUUAAGGAAAUUGAGUCCUCAUAAACACAUCAUAAGGCUGAUAGAAGUUCUAUAUGAUGAACCUACAGGAAGAUUAGCUUUAGUAUUUGAAUUAAUGGAAUAGAAUCUAUACGAACAUAUCAAGGGUAGGAGACAACCGUUGAAUCCUUAAAAAGUUAAAUCCUUUAUGUUCUAACUGUUAAAAUCGAUUGAUCAUAUGCAUAGAAAUGGUAUCUUCCAUAGAGAUAUCAAGCCUGAAAACAUUUUACUGAAUUCAGAUCAUCUGAAACUUGCUGAUUUUGGAUCUUGCAAAGGCAUUUAUUCUAAGCAUCCUUAUACAGAAUAUAUCUCAACCAGGUGGUAUAGAGCACCGGAAUGCUUACUGACAGAUGGAUAUUAUGACUAGAAGAUGGAUUUAUGGGGUGUAGGAUGUGUAAUGUUUGAAAUCAUAGCUCUAUUUCCUCUAUUUCCAGGAACAAACGAAUUGGAUUAAAUUCAUAAGAUCCAUAAUAUUUUGGGAACUCCAAAUCCCAAGGUUUUUGAUAGAUUCAGAAAAUAAGCUACUCACAUGGAAAUUAAUUUCCCCAACAAACAUGGAAGCGGUAUUGAAAGACUUCUCCAAGGUUAAACCAAGGAAUGCAUUGAUUUAAUUAAAUAGCUAUUGGUAUAUGAUCCUGAGGAAAGAAUCACUGCUUAAGCUGCUUUGAAGCAUGAAUAUUUUAGAGAACUGCAUAGAGAACUGUAUGAAGCAGAUGUCCCCCUAUAGAACUUUAAAAGCAUCGGAGGAUGUUGUCAACAUUUUCAACAUUAGGAGAAUGAUAAUUUUUUGGAAAAUACUAAAAGAAUUGAUGAUCCUAAACAGCCGUAUUAACCGAAUGUGAAAAAGCCAUAAAAUCAAAAUGCAAAAACAUAAAAAAAUCCUGGAUUUCCAUUAUUGUAAGGUGAAUUAAAAAUAGAUAAGAAUCAUGAUAGUGAUGAUGGUGUAGAUAAAUAACCACCAAUAUUACCUGAAAUUAAGAGAAAAAAGAAGUAUGAUCCCAAAAUUAUUUACGGGAAAUAAUAUCAAUCUAAUCAAGCAUAUUAGUUUAAUUCUAAAGGUAUCUAUAAUGAAAUCAUUAAAUUAGCUGGUAAAAAAAUGGUGCUUGGAUUAUAAGCAGAUUACAUAUUUAUGGGAAGAAAGCUAUGA